CAUUCUUAUAAAUCCCAACACCACGCCACCAACACUGACCACAGCCCACACCGCCUUAAGGCAAAACAAAACACACAAACAAUCAAAUAAUGGAUCAGAAAUCAGCACUCCAACUGAAACUGAUAAGCUUCACCAUGCCAUCUUUAUGGCAAGAGUGUCUCUCCUCAGCCUUCCGCGCCGCCUUAGCCUGCACCAUAGUGGGUGCUGUCACCCUCUUCGCACCACCCUCAAUCCAAUCCCUCAUAACCUUCCCUGCAUUCUCCUACGUCACAGUGAUCCUCCUCAUCAUAAACGACGCCGCUUUGGGUGACUCCUUGCGCGGCUGCUGGCUCGCGCUUUACGCCACGGUGCAGAGCCUAGGCCCGGCCAUGUUGAGCUUGUGGGUUGUCGGGCCUGAACGAUUCUCUAAGGGGACGAUAUCGGUGACAGUGGCGGUCGCGGCGUUUGUGGUGGUGCUGCCUUCGAAUCAUACUUCGCAUUUGGUGGCGAAGCGGAUAUCGUUGGGGCAGAUUGUGCUGGUUUACGUGAUAGGUUAUGCGAAUGGUGAGAAAACUGAUCCUAUCAUGCACCCUGUUCGUUUGGCUGCUAGUACUGCCUUGGGAGUUGUAGCUUGUGUUCUGGCUUUGCUUCUUCCUUAUCCACGUCUUGCUUGCUACGAGGUGAGUAGGAACUACAAGCUGUUAACAAAAAACAUCUUGAAGAGAUUGAAUCUUCUGGUGAAGGCAAUAAGCGAGGAGGACAAGAGUUCUGCACUUGGAUUUACCUCUCAUGCCAAGUCUCUGGUAGCAAAGCGAACCAAGUUCCUUUCAAACAUCACGCGCUACCAAGUGGGAAUGCAGUGGGAGAGACUUCCAAUUAAAAUUUUCAGACAAAGUUGCACCAACCUUGGAGAAAAACUUGAAGAGGUGGACACAAGUUUGAGAGGAAUGCAAUUAGCUUUAACUCACACCAAGUCAUUCCCGGUCAGCACUCUAGACCAAAACCUAAAACAUGGUCUCAACAGGCUUGAGGAACAUGUCACUUUAACCAUCAAACAAGCCAAACACACCUCCCUUGGCGGGUCACUAACCGUACCCGAACCCAACGCAAAAACCAUAACCCAUUUCCUCCAAUCCCUUCACACCAUGCCAACAACACUCAAAGAACUACCCAUCUUUUUCUUCUUAUUCUGCGCCAAACUCCUCCACAAGAAUGAACCUCCAUCAACAUGUCCUCCAAAAGCCCAACAAAAACAAUCUAAUUGGGCCUCAACGUUAAAAAGUACCAAUUUUAUAGCGGCGUUUAAGUACUCCCUCUCCCUGGGCCUAUCUGUAUUCAUGGGCUUAUUGUACAGCAAAAAAGACGGGUUCUGGGCUGGGCUUCCAGUGGCCGUGAGCUAUGUUUCUGGGAGGGAAGCUACACUCAGAGCAGCGAAUGUGAAAUACCAAGGGACUGUGUUGGGAACUGUGUACGGAGUCUUGGGCUGGUUCGUGUUUGAGAGAGUGUUGCCGUUGAGACUCUUCGCUCUUGUUCCGUGGUUCAUUUUCACUAGCUUCCUUCAACGAAGCAAAAUGUAUGGGCCUGCGGGUGGCAUUUCAGCUGUGAUUGGGGCCGUUCUGAUUUUGGGUCGAGAAAAUUUUGGCCCACCAAAGGAGUUUGCGUUAGCAAGAAUCGUCGAAACUGUUAUUGGGCUCUCAUGUUCUAUUUUCGUAGACCUUCUCUUCAGGCCCAAAAGAGCUUCUUCAUGCGCCAAAUUAGAACUCUCUCAAUGCCUUGCCACACUUGGUGACUCUAUAGGUCUAUUUUCCUUAGCUAACAAAACAGAUUUGGAUUUGAAAGAUAAUCAAAAGAGGUUGAAAAUGCAAGUUAAUGAGCUGAGGAAAUUUGUUGGGGAAGCUGAAGCUGAGCCUAAUUUUUGGUUUUUACCAUUUCAUAGUCCUUGCUACAAUAAGCUUCUAGGGUCAUUUUUAAGGUUGGUGGAUAUCUUGCAUUUCGGAGCAUACGCUUUGAAGCUCCUACAACAAGAACUGGUGGAAGUUGAAGAUGGCAUGGAUGUGCUUCAAGAUGAACUUGGACAUGUCAACAAGUUGGUUUGUUCUUCAAUUAAGUGUCUUGAGGAGAUUUCUAUGAUGAAGUCGUUGACUUUUCUUGAGAAAGAGCUUGAGAAGAAGAGCAAUGUUAUGUCUUCUUGUGAUCUUGAAUCAGGGAAGUUAACAUGCAUGCUUUCAAGUUUAGGUGAAGCUUGGAUAGGAGAAACCAUUGGAGGUUUUCUUCAACGGUCAAGAGAUGUUGUAGAUAAUUUGUACGGUGAUGAAGGUGAGAGGGAGGUGAAGAGCGAAAUUGUUUUGAGUCUGUGUGCUCUGGGAUUCUGCUUGAGUGCAUGCAUGCAGGAGGCCAUCGAAAUUGAAGGGGCGAUAAGGGAACUUGUUCAUUGGGAGAAUCCCUCUAGAGAGAUUAAUUUGUGUGAUAUAUCAUGUAAGCUUAAGGCUCUCAAUAAAUGAAAUUGAAGGCAUGCUUUUUUUUCCAAAUGCAAUAAAAAAAUAAACAUGUCAGGUCCACC